AUGUCUCAGCAAAUAUCUCUAUGUGAACAAUGUCAUCAACAAUACACUUUAUUUCGACGAAAAAAACAAUGUAAUUUAUGUGGACAAAUAUUUUGUUCAAAAUGUAUUCAAAAACCAGGACCUUCUAUUGGAGUGAAUUGUUCACGUGCAUGUACAACGUGUUUAUUAAUUAUAAAUGAACAUACAACUAAUGAUCAAUUAGCAUCAAUACGUACAAAACAUCUUCGUGCUUAUCUUAUUUAUUCAAACAAAGUUUCUUUAAAUCAUCUUGAAUCUUGUUUUGAAAAACAAGAUUUAAUUAAUUUAAUUCAAUCAAAAAAAGAUCAAAUAUAUGAGCAAAAUUAUGUUUUUGUUGAACGACGUACAAUAACAAAUACUCAAACAUCAAAUCAUAAUACAACAACAGAAAAUAUUAAUCAUGAUCAACAAUCAACAGUCAAUACAGAUGAACAGACAUUAUCAUCAAAUAUUAAUUCUUCACUUCCAACAAAUGAGUCAGAAACGGAAACUUCUAUUGAAAGAUCAUCAUUAAAUGUUAGUUCUUCAAUUUCAACAAAUGAAUCGGAAUCGAAAGGUCCUAUUGAAUAUUCUCCUCCGAAUAUAAAUUCUAAUCGUAUAGCUCUUAAUGAUAUAUUAUCAUUAGAAUCAAUAAAUAAUUUAACAAUUCGACAAUUAAAAGAUAUUCUAAUACAAAAUUUUGUAUCAACAAAUGGAUGUGUUGAAAAAAAAGAUUUAAUUAAUAAAGUUGAAUUACUUUAUCGAGAUCAUCAAAAACAAAAAGAAUCAAAUAUAAAUAUUACUAAUGAACAAUCAGAUGAAAAUCUAUGCAAAAUAUGUAUGGAUGCGAAUAUCGACUGUGUAUUUCUUAAUUGUGGUCAUUUAUGUACAUGUAUACGUUGUGGUAAACAAUUAUCUGAAUGUCCUUUAUGUCGAUCUUAUAUAAUACGUGUCGUACGUGUUUUCAAAAGUUAA